GGAAGAAAGUAAUGAAAUACCUCUAGCCCGGGGAGCCGUCGCUUCUUCCCGCGGCCAACAAAAAUCCAAAGUGUCCUCAACCUUUGUGCCGUCCCUCGUACCGUGGGCAUUCUCGUUCUUUUCCGAAGCGGCAAAAGGUUUAUGUGCAGCAGCCAGCGAAGAAUCUUCAAUUGUAGCCAAUAAAAGGGGCAAGAACGCGAACAAGAUGAGCAGGCGACCGGCAGGAACCCGAACCUUUGUUUCGUGCACCUACAUGAUGCAGGUGGGUCUUCUGUUGCUCGCCUUCACGACAAGCAUAACGAAAAUUCAAGCUCAAGAACAACUACAAGAAGGAGCCGCAGAAAAAAAUAAAAACUUACUCUCCCCACAAGACAAGCCCAGAUUCGCGCACGCCUAUCUUUCGCACACGGCGGACAAGCUCAACUGCAUUUUUUCGCGCCUGCUGGGAAAAUCGUACAAGGGCCACGGGAAAACCGGCCGGAGGGGGUGCUUGGAGUUGCUGCUGACGCCCUCGACGCCGGACUUUGCGGGACACGGCGUGUUGGAUAAAAACCUGCUGGAGGACAGCAAAAAGCAAAAAUUCGAAUUUGACCAACGCACGGCGACGCAUCUGUUAUUCGAGGAGGCGUAUGCAUUGCAAGAGUUGUAUCGUGUUCGCGCUAUGUUGCAUGUAGUGCAUUACAAGGAGUAGAAAGGUGGAAUUUGUAAUGCUGAUUGCGGUCGGGUGGAAGAGGAAGCGUGCUUGUCAUGCGUGACUACAAUACGAUUACGAAUGCAUACGAGUGCGAAACAGCUUUUGCAGUGCAUAAGGCGGAACGAAUUUCCGAGAAGAAACCCUGGAGCCCGCGAAUGUACAAUUUCAGAUCGGAACACGACCGGAAGCCGCACUCCACGAAGUGGAAGGAAGUUCGGGAUUUCAACAAGAUGUCCUGGGCGAUUCUGAAGUCUCUCGAGCAGGAAUUGCUGAAUUUGCCGGAAGAGAUCUUCGGGGGUGGGGCGGAGAAGCGGAAGAAGAAGAAAUACAAGCAACCACAUGACGUACUCACCGCUGCGUCAGAAGAUGUUGUUGAAGAAGCCGACGUGCACUACCGGUUUUCCUGGCAACUGCAGACGGUGAAAGGGUUGAUCACAGCGGUUGAGAACGAAAAUCGGGUUUGGGAGGCGGGCACCGCAUUCGGCAUAGUCGGUCCGGAAAAGGCGCCGGACGGCGAAGUAGAGAGGAAAAAAGGAAGAAAAUCCGUCGGGGCUACACUGGAUCAGUUCCUGAAGAGUUCGUUAGGCGUGGCACCGACGAGCACGAUGAAAAUUGGUAGUCCACCUUCGCAAGAAAACCGAACCAUUUCUGGCGCAACUGCUGCUACAAGAACCGCAGGAUCUUCAUCUUCCGUUCUCUCCGCCUGCCCGCUCGUCAGUAAUGAUCUGAGUUCCGAGAAAUUCUUUCACAACAGCGGGAGCACGCAGACCAGCACAACUUCUGGCGGAGGAAGUAAUGAUUCGUUUUUCUCCGGCGAGGCAGCGUUUGCGGUGUUCAAAAUGCACUUGAAGUUAGGGGCGGAGAAGCUAAGACAGUGGUUGUUUGUGAACAAAUUGGCGCAGAAAUGGACAAAAAAUUACGAAGUGACAGUUACGGAUACGCAUUCGACGGCGUCCACGACUUCUGAGGGAGAAACAACCUCCGGAUCUGCUCCUGCGCAAAUGACAUCAAGCAACUUCUUGAGUCUCAACCUCGCCCUGAAGCUGAUCGCACCGACAUUAGACGAGGGAAGCAUCCUUGCCGCCAAAAAUAUCUCAAAUAGUACAGGCAAAGACGGUGGCGAAACCGAAACCUCCACUCCGGAAAUAGCCUCUAACCUCAUCCUGGUCAACGACAUUGUGAACAGCGUGGCGCACUUGCCGUCCUACUCAUCGAACUCAGGCGCGGAUGACGCCUUCGGCUCCUCCACCUGGGAAGCGGUAGAGCAAGCGGGGCCGACUGGUCGUGUGGCUUCGUAUGGAGUGGACGAGGAGGGUUCGAAAGCGAAGUCUUCUUGGACGACGAAAAAGAAGGUGAAUCGAAAUCCCAAACCUAGGGCAUUGUUGCUUGCGGAGGAGGAGGAGGAACUUCUGAGAACAAAAUCGGGCAGUGAAGAUUUUUCCCCGUUUACUGCAAGUACACUCUCCACAACCACCCGAGAUCUCGCCGGCUUCUUCUACUCGGCAAUCCCCGCGAGGAAGAAGGUGACGAGUAAAGGAACGAAAACCAAACCGUCCACGCUAGUCCAACCAAGUGACCUGGUCUACGUGGUGAACGCAACGUCUGUGUUGCUGUUGAAUGAGGAGGACGAGGGUAAUAAAGCGACUAAAGCAGGCUCAGCUUCAUCAGCCCCCUCUUCUCCCUGGACCCCCCUCCGGCUGCAGAAAACCGCCUUUCGGAUCAUCGCGUCUUAUUUCAUCAAAACUUACUGGCUCUGGAAGUUCGUGAUGGAGAAAAACUGGUUCGAAUUCCACCCGGAAAACAGCCAUUUCGGGUCGUCUUUAGAAAAUGCUAGCCUUUCGCAGUUGGGGAUCGUGCAGAAGGGUUUGACGGAAUUGCUAGCGGAGGAGUUAGUGCACUUUUCCACGAACAAUGAACAAAACGUCGACGACGGGUCGUCCUCUACUUCGGGAAAAGCUGUCCAUUCCGGAGCGAAGACGAAAGCGCAGGACCAGUUUUCGGAUGAAAAAAUUCUGCCGAAGAAUUGCUUGAAGCCGAUGGAGAGUGAGGAGCUGUUUUUGAAACGAGUUUUACCGACGGCGAAGAUGGUUUUUGCGGACGACACGGAUCCGGGGUAUUUGGACGCGCGGAAUUUUUUGAAGCACUGGGGCGUGAGCUUGGUGGCAAGGUAUUUGGCGGAGGGGAAGGGGAUGGGGUGGGAGGAGUUGCUAGAAAGACCGAUGUUGCCGCGGGAUUUGGUUGUGGUGGAUGAGAGCAGUGAGGAAGCGGUGAAUGAAGCUCAAGAACCAAUUUUUCUUGGAGGAGCGCAUGCUGCCGAUGAAUUGUGAAGUAGCCAAAUCGCAAUCAGGCCCUAGAUUUUCAUUUUGGUAGCGUUCUCGAAAUAAUGAAAGGACGGGGCGCCGCGGCGGCGAGUCUUCCGCCUUGGAGCAUACACACAAAAU